CAGCUGAUCCCUGCCAUGGACGAGGCGGUAGGGCUACCUGAUUUCUGCAGACGCCUUCCGAAAGUGGAGCUCCAUGCCCACCUGAGUGGCUCGGUUAGUGAGACAACCAUCCAGAAACUACAGGUGAAGAAGGGCGUCGGCCAUGGGCCUUCAGGGGACACCGCCAUCAGGAAGGGGGAGACAAGACAUCUUCAGGAACCCUUCCGAAUCUUUAAGAUCAUCCAAGACCUGUCUGACACCGAGGAGGCUAUCUUCAUGAUGACGGAGGAUGUGAUAUCAGAAUUUGCUGCAGAUGGUGUAAGAUACCUGGAACUCAGGAGUACUCCAAGACACGUGCCUCACACAGGUAUGACACCCCAAUCAUAUGUAGAGUCCAUCCUGUCUGCCAUACAGAAGUGUAAGGACAGGGAAGAUGUGGUUGUCAGACUUCUGCUGGCGAUCGACCGGCGCCAGUCCGUGGAGACGGCCAUGACAACCGUCCGGCUGGCGCAGGAGUACAUGCUGAGGUCACCUGGGGUCGUGGUGGGCAUCGACCUCAGCGGAAACCCAGCUGUGGGGGAUGGGAGGGACUUUAUCCCCGUGCUGAAAGAGGCACAGAACUGUGGACUGAAGCUGGCUCUUCACAUCGCUGAGAUAUCCCAGCAGGCCAUUGCCCCGGAGACCUCUGCACUGCUGUCCCUCCCCCCGGACAGGGUCGGACACGGAACCUUCAUCCACCACAACCAGGACCUUGCAGCUGUGGUGGCCGACAGGAAGACGCCUUUUGAAAUCUGUCUGACGUCCAAUGUGAAGGCGCAGACUGUGGCGUCCUACGGGGAGCACCACUUCCAGCACUGGUACAGCAGGAAACAGCCCUGUGUGUUAUGUACGGAUGACAAGGGUGUUUUCUGCACCACAUUAUCAGAGGAGUACCGGCUUGCAGCGGAGACGUUUGGCUUGACCAGACCUGCCCUGUGGGACCUGUCCUACAGCAGUAUAGACCACACAUUUGUGGGGGAGGACCUGAAACAGCAGCUCAGGGACAGGUGGAAUACGGAGAAGGAGAAACUGUUCCUCCAGACUAGAUAGAACCUUAUAAUUACGUAAUACAAAAUAAAUCAACAGGAAAGAUCUUUGAAGAGUCAUGAUUCAGACCCAUGCAGUUUGUAAUGAUGGCCUCCUUGUUAGUUUUAACACUAUGAUGUGUGGGGUAGUGUAAUGACAGGACGUUUGAUGUAUAAUAUUUGGUAAACAGUUGCAGUGUUAGGCAGCAGGGAGAAGGUUAUUCAAAUAUAAAAGGGGUGCUUGAUGGUCCUCUUUUCUCCACACCCACUGCAGGAAGAGCCCUUAUAAAGGCGUUGACAGCUUGUAUAAUGUAUAAUCUCUAACUGGGUGUGUG